UGAUCGUGGGAAAGUGGGGGUGGGGGUGGGGGUGGGGGAGGGGUGCUUCGAUCGGUUGCCGUGAUGACGUCCUCCUCAGCAGCGGCGUCGGCGCUGCUGGGCAACCGGGCGCGCCGCCACAAGUGGGCCAUCGAGCUGGCGCUCAGCAACAGCGGCAGGGGGCGUGAGCGACAGGGUGCACAAGGAGAGCCAGUUUACCCCAUUGGCUACUCCGAGAGGCAGCUGCCCGACACCAGUGUGCAGGAGACGGACCGGAUCCUGGUUGAGAAGCGGUGUUGGGAUGUGGCCCUGGGGCCUCUGAAGCAGGUACCCAUGAAUCUGUUCAUCAUGUACAUGGCAGGCAACACCAUCUCCAUCUUUCCCAUUAUGAUGGUGUGCAUGAUGGCCUGGAGACCCAUCCAGGCCCUGAUGUCCAUCUCUGCCACUUUCAAGCUUUUGGAGAGCUCGAGCCAGCAGUGGUUACAGGGGCUGGUGUACCUCAUCGGCAACUUGGUGGGGCUGGCUCUGGCUGUGUACAAGUGCCAGUCGAUGGGCCUGCUCCCCACCCAUGCCUCCGACUGGCUGGCCUUCAUUGAACCCCCUCAGAGAGUGGAAUACGCAGGAGGGGGGUUGAUCCUGUGAUCGAUGUCGCUCCUCCCUACCUACCCAAGCCUUUCGGCUGCUGCCACAGACCUGGGACCUGUGGGGUCGAGGCCGUACACCCCUCACCAACCCCCACUGUGGAGCUGUGAAGGCCUGGCAGAGGAGAGAUGCUGUGAGCAGGGUCCUGUCCCGUCUCCUGGGAAUCUGGACUGGGAGUCUUCCUGCUGGGACUGAACUGGAACAGGAGUGGGGUUAGAGGAAUGUCCUCACGCUCUCACUCCUUUGAUCUGCUCCAUUCUUUCUCUCUUGCUCUGAUCCCGUCAUUUAUUCUGUUCACUCUCAUUAACUCUCCUUAGCUCUUGUUCUAUUAGCCCUCCACUCUCUCUCACUCCAUCUUUUUCUGUACUGUGCUCUGCUGUUCUCUCUUGCCUCACCCUCAGAGGAGACUGCCCUCUCCUACGCACCAUCCGACACCAGCCCCGCAGGUAGUGAAUCGUGCCCAUGGCCCAGGAAGGCCUCCCACAUUGUCGUGUCUCACCUUGAGUCGGACUCUGACUGAGUGAAUGUUUGCACUUGUGAAGUCUCCAUGUGAAAUAAAAAAAAGUUUGAUCUGA